UUUGAAGGAGAAGAACAAGAGAGUUAUAAUUGUGGAGGAAGAACCAGAGAAGAACAAGAAGAAGAAGAUCGAAGACAAUUUUGGUGGGUGGAAGGAAGAACCGCUUCCAUAAACACACACCAGAACCUGCACCCACCCAGCCAUGGCAGAAGAAGAAUCCCAUCAUUCCGUUUCGCUCGACAUGGAGAUGGAGGAGAAGAUCUACCUCGGUGGAAAGGAGCAUCAUAUUCGAACUGGCUGCGGUUCUGUGUCUGUUAUAGUCUACGGGGAUCAGGACAAACCAGCACUGAUCACUUAUCCGGAUUUAGCGCUAAAUUAUAUGUCAUGUUUCCAAGGAUUAUUUUUCUGCCCAGAGGCUGCUUCUUUGCUGCUUCACAAUUUUUGCAUAUAUCAUAUCAGUCCUCCUGGACAUGAGUUGGGAGCGGCUGCGAUUUGUUCUGAUGAUCCUGUCCCUUCUGUUGAAGACUUGGCAGAUCAAAUAGUUGAAGUCCUCAACUAUUUCGGGCUCGGUGCAGUGAUGUGUAUGGGAGUAACGGCUGGUGCUUACAUCCUUACUCUUUUUGCAAUGAAAUAUAGGGAACGUGUUGUUGGUUUAAUACUCGUAUCUCCCUUAUGCAAAGCACCUUCUUGGACUGAAUGGUUAUAUAACAAGGUAAUGUCGAAUUUGUUAUAUUUCUACGGCAUGAGUGGCUUGCUCAAGGAGUGUUUGCUCCAGCGGUACUUCAGCAAGGACGUUCGAGGUAACGUUGAAGUUCCAGAAUCAGAGAUAGUCCAAGCUUGUAGAAAAUUGCUAGACGAGAGAAAAAGAACAAAUGUCUUAAGGUUUCUUCAAGCAAUUAAUCAGAGGCCUGAUCUGACAGAAGGAUUGAAAAGAUUAAAGUGCCGCACGCUUAUUUUUGUAGGUGACAGUUCUCCUUUCCAUUCCGAGGCUCUCCACAUGACUUCAAAACUUGAUAGGAGAUUUAGUGCCUUGGUUGAGGUCCAGGCUUGUGGAUCAAUGGUUACAGAAGAACAGCCACAUGCAAUGCUGAUACCUUUGGAGUACUUUCUCAUGGGGUAUGGGUUGUACAGGCCAAGCCAGUUUAGUGACAGCCCAAGGAGCCCGCUUAGCCCAUCUUGCAUCUCCCCGGAGCUCCUUUCUCCGGAAAGCAUGGGAUUGAAGCUAAAGCCUAUAAAGACCAGAGUUUCACCAUGAAGUUUGAUAUGGGGAAAGACAGACUUUUGUAAUUGAAAGCUGUUUUUUGUUUUUCUUCAAAUUUUUUAAUUGUUUAAGAGGAUAGACAGGAGGUUGGGUAGAGUUGGAGGGGUUGUAGAUAAAAGAAGAAACAGUGAUGGUGAUGAUGAUAAAUACAGUGAAUAUAUAUUAAAAGUAUAGGGAGGAGUUGUUGCCUUGAUUCAUUCCUAGUCUGUCUUCAAUAAAGGAAUCAUUGAGCUGUAUCUGUAAAUUGCAUGGUGGACUCUGGCUCUAUUUAUUUAUGGUGACAUCAAUUCAAUCAUUGACCCCUUAAUUUUUUUAA